CUUCCUCACGGAACUUGCGCUCUAACAGGGAACGUAACACACAAAGCAAGUUACAUGGCGGAUAAGUCAUUUGUUGGCGGCAUUCGGGAACCUCGUCAGGGGCUGGUCCGCGUGAUCCGCCGGGGUCGCUCCGGGUGGGGAGGGGGGCGCGUUGCAUUGGAAAGGUCGGAAGUCUCUCCGAAGCUAGCGCCGCACUUCGGCUUCCGCUUGUCGGAAGCGGAGCGGAGAGGAGGCGGGCACUUCCGGGGCACCCGAGGUCGCGGCGGCGGCAAGAUGGCGGCCCCCUUAGAGCUCAGGUGCUGGGGGGGCGGUUGGGGGCUCCCUUCCGUCCACAGCGAGUCCCUGGUGGUUCUGGCUUAUGCCAAGUUUUCUGGCGCGCCCCUGAAAGUCAGUGUUAUAGAUAACACCUGGAGAGGCUCAAGAGGAGAUGUACCUAUUUUGACAUCAGAAGACAAUAUUGUGUCUCAACCGGCAAAAAUACUUAAUUUUUUGAGAAAACAGAAAUAUAAUGCUGAUUAUCAACUCUCUGCAAAACAAGGUGCAGAUACACUGGCUUACAUUGCUCUCCUUGAAGAGAAGCUUCUUCCUGCAGUGCUCCAUACAUUCUGGAUUGAGAAUGACAAUUACUUUACUGUGACAAAGCCAUGGUUUGCUUCACGGAUACCAUUUCCACUGAGCUUGAUUCUGCCUGGAAGAAUGUCUAAAAGAGCAUUGAACAGGAUCCUCCUUACUAAGGGAGAGCCUCCUCACUACCAUCUCAAAGAAGUGGAAGCCCAGAUAUAUAGAGAUGCCAAGGAAUGCCUAAAUCUUCUAUCAAACAGAUUGGGAACAUCUCAGUUUUUCUUUGGAAAUACGCCUACUACCUUGGAUGCCUAUGUAUUUGGUUUCGUUGCACCUCUUUAUAAAGUGCACUUCCCUAAGGUUCAGCUACAAGAGCACGUGAAACAACUUUCUAAUUUGUGUCGAUUCUGUGAUGACAUCCUGAGUUGUUACUUUAGGAUUAGCCUUGCAGGCUUUUCUCCAGCGGGACAAGAUACAGUAGAUGCAAAUCUGCAGAAACUCACACAGCUUGUAAAUAAGGAAUCCAACUUGAUUGAAAAGAUGGAUGACAAUCUUCGCCAAAGUCCUCAACUUCCUCCUCGGAAACUGCCGACUCUCAAAUUAACUACAGCAGAUGAAGAAAGCAAUUCAUUUCAGCCCCUUUCACCCUGACAGCCAUCAUUUUCUGUGCAUGUGCUUCAGCUGCCUUCAAAUCAUUUGAAUGCCACAGUAAUCUUUCUUAUAAACAAGUGCGGUCAGGCAAAAGGAAAGCUAUUAUAAUAGGUACAAGUCAGAAAUUAAGACUAAAAGUAGACCCUCUCCUUGCUGCUUGUUGCUCUAUUAAGAAGCUUGUAGUCCAGCCUGAUCAUGCUCUAAAAUGUGGUUAGAGUGCUUUUUUAAAAAGAAAAAUAUAUUGUACUGUAUGAAACCAUCUUAACCUUGGCAAAUUUUUGCCCUUUGGUCCACAUAUUGUUGAUCAAAACCUUUAAUUUCAUUGUUCUGAACUGCUCAUUGUUCAAGUAUUAAUUUAUUCUUCAAACAAUAUAUGUAUUACUGUAUAACUAUUUGGCUAAGGUUUUUUCCUCUGUUAAGAAAUCUGUGGUCUCCUUUAGUAUUAAAUGUAAAAAUUUUGAUUAUUAAUGGAAUAUCUUGUUUUUAGAUAGCAGUUUUUAAGAAAAGGGCUUUUAAUUAAGUUGUUUUGAACACUAUCUUUUUGGUUUGGGUACUGUACACAUCAAAUAUAAAUGAUGGUUUCACAUUGUAUUGUCUUACCCAAUGCCCUUUAGGAUAAUUUUAUCACAUUCUUAAGUCUGUGCACAUUGUAGGCUAGCAAGGGCCCUGAAUAGUGUAUUGGUCAGUAUGCUAGCUUCAUAGAGCUAUACUUUUGGCUUGUCUCUAGAUCUGGUUGGGGUCUAAUUCAGAUCCCAAGAGAAUUGAGUCUGUUGGUAUUAAGAGAUGCCAUAUUAUCUCUAACUUUUUCCAGCUGUUAAUAAUCUCAGGAGGAGCCCAGGGAUAGAGUAACAAGAGUAUUGCAUGUCAAAAAAUUCUGUAGCUAUCCCAGGCUUUGCUCUAAUCAUUAUACACAAGAAGUGUAUAGUAUACUCAAAACCUUUACAAGAACUAACUUGGCUGUUUCUUAGACAGCAGCUGAAAAACCCAAAGGCAUAACUUAGAAAACAGCUUUAGAUUUUUAAGACUCUAUUUUAUCCUUAUUGGUUACUGAAGUGCUUAAGGAAUUCAGCCAUGAGGGCCAUAUUAUUUCCAAUUAUAAGCUUGCUUAUUCUCAUGGCUAAUGAGCUUCUUUAUCUUAGAAUAUAUCUGGGAUUUUAAAAGUAUAGCAACAUGUUUUUUAAUCAGUGUCUUAAAGAUUACUAACGGUGCUCACCUUAUCAUGUCAAAUUCUCAUUUAAAGACCCAUAUGUCCAGAAAUAGGUAGACCAUUUUGUUCAUUUCAUGUUGAUUUGAACUCCGCAGUUUCUUGAAUCCAUCCUUCUUUAACUAUUUAUUUUGUCUUUAAUUACAUAUUUAUAUAAGAAUCCACAGGUUUUUGUAAAUAUUGCAUCCUGAAAGUUUUAACUAAGAUGGAAAAUGUCAUUUUAAAAAUUUCCUUUAUUUCUUCAAUUACUAUGGGAAAGGUAUUUUGACUAGUUUUCUUGUUAACUAUUUAAAUGUUUGUUUCUGCUUCAUUUUAUAAAGAUAGAUUUGGCUACAAAAGCAGUCAAAUCUACAUAAAUGUCUUGAAAAUCAUGAACCUUGGAAUUUUAUGUUUGGGUAGCAUAUGUAUAACAAACAAUGAGCAAAUUUAUGAAUCAUACUUUUGCUUAUGCUUUGUUUAAAGGGGACUAUUUUAUCAAGAAGUUCAGCUUUGCAUAAAGAUAUAUUAAAUGUCUCAAAUGAAAAUGUUUAAAUCUACACAUGUAGGAUAAUAAUAUUUAAUAGUAGAUUAUAUUUAUGUGGCUUUAGGAUUUACAAAAUGCAACGCAUUCAUUUCCUUUCAUUAUGUUUCGUAGGUGGGAUCAGGCUCAGAUAUUACUUUUAUGUGCUAAUAUCUUCUAUCAAAAGAUAUGACCUUCAAUGAAUUAUUACACUUCAUAAUAAACAUGUGUGAUUUGCUAGUUGUUUUUUCUAGCUGUGAAUGUCUUUGCCUAGUUGUAUUUACAUAUAUUUUUUCUCUUCAAUGGAUAACCUUUGGCUUUAAAGAACUUUUAAUUACUUCUUCUUUUUGUUAUUUUUCUGUAUAAAUAAAUUUUAUAAUUUGAAGUUAAGCCAAGUAGAAAGUAUUAUAGGGAUCUUAUAUUGGAAGGAAAGGGGCCAAAAAUUUGCAGAUUGAUCAAGUAUUAUAAUCAGUUUAAAUCAGUAUAUGUUUUAGAACAAGUUUAAGUUUUGGGAAAAAUAGUCUUGGAACAAAAUGCUAGAGGCAAUUUGUGAAGGAGAUAGGUUAGGGGAAAUAAGAUUCAUUUCCUUGUUUCAUGUAGCUAUGAGAUGGAAUGAGUUUGAAGAGAAAAAAAAAGUAGGGAGAAGAAAAAAUAUUAUCCAGAAAACCAAGAUCCAGUUCUUGCAUAGGAUAUUUUAGAUUAAUGACAGAGCAGUAGAAAGCAUAAUGUUUUUAUUAUCUUGAAAAGCUGCUCCCUAACACUCUUCCUUCCCUUUGCCAAGGUUUGACACCAGCAAAUCAAAUUUCAUUGUAAAUCUCUGAAGUGCAGUUUGGUCACUGGGGGUUUAGCCAAGUUUAUGGCCUUUCAGUUUGUAAUUGUAUUUUUACUAACUAUAUGUUACUGACAACCUAGCGAAGGCGUCUCUAGAUAUUGAAGAAAAUGGCCAUUUAUGCUAAAUCUAUUGAAUGCAGUGACACAACAGCAUUAGGGACUUUGCCUUAGACAAAUAUCAUCAUCGUCAGUUAAGUUGGUGUGCUUGAUUCUAAUUCUUGAAAAGGAAAUGACAGGACCAAUGUGUUGUCAAGAACAGUCUGAAGUACAUCAUUCAUAUCAAUAUUUAGGAGAUUGUCAUCAAGAGACUGCUGCUUGAAGAAGGAAUCCGUAUCUAGGAUUUCCAGAAUAUAAAACUUUUAUUAAAACAGGAGGUGGGAAAAAUCUAGUUUAAUGCAAUCAAGGAGCUGCAGUUUGAUUUAAACUUGUACCUCAUUUUAUCAUGGAACUGGCUUCCAGAUUUAUUCUGUGGGCCCAGAUUGGACCAAAAGACAUAAUUAUCAUAGAUGAUGACAGGUACUCAUCUAAUGUUGUUAAACAAGAUCCUGAGCAAUCCUGAGCAACUGUUAGAAGGAAGAAAGUAAUAAAAGAUGAUUGUGAUUUAAUUUAUCUGCAUUAAUUUGGAAAUUAGAUCUUUAGAUCAUUAAUUGGAUUUAAACAUGAAAACCUGGAAAAAAAUUAAACUCUUUUGAAAUUGGAAAAUC